AUGGGAUAUGUAUUGGAUGAGAAACCUUCCUCUAGUAACCUUAAUAAAAUUGCAAUGGGCGAACUUCAAACGUUAGAAACACCGGUCGUCACCUCAAAGGCUGAGCAGCCAAUAGUUGUGAGUCAACACUCCCUGAUGCAAGCAGUAAGCUUCCUACGCUCUGAACUUGAAAAAGUUCAGAACGAGAAGAGCGAUUUAGUUAAGGAGCGCAUUUCUUUGUUAGAACAACUAGAAAUAGAAAAGAAUAAGAACAGUAGCAUAGAGGUAGCAACAGACAUUAAUGAGGACUCGGUUUCCUCUUCUGAAAAUGCAAAACAAGAGAUUAUCGCAGAAUUGCGAUCGCAAAUCGAACGAGUUGAAAAAGAAAAAAUAGAGUUGAUCGCACAUGAACAACAAGAAAAGCAAAAUAUAAAAACUCAACUCGAUCAAUCCAGGGAGGAAAUACAAAACUUCAAGGCCCAACUUGAACAGACUCAAGAGGAAAGAAAAAACCUCAAGGUACAAUUCGAUCAGGCCCAGGAAGAAAGGCAAAGUAUAAAAGUUCAACUUGAACAUGUUCAGGAGGAAAAACAAACCUUUAAGGCCCAACUUGAACAAUCUCAAGAAGAAGGAAAAAAUCUUAAGGCUCAAUUAGAUCAGGCCCAAGAAGAAAAACAAAGUCUAAAUGUCCAGUUUGAACAGGUUCAGGAAGAAAAACAAAAUUUUAAGGCCCAACUUGAACAUUCCCAUGAGGAAGGAAAAAACCUAAAAGUUCAACUUGAUCGGACCCAGGAAGAAAGACAAGGGCUAGAGGUCCAGCUUGAACAGCUUCAGGAAGAGAAACAAAAGUUAAAAGCUCAACUUGAUCAGACUCGGGAAGAAAAGCAACAGUUAGAGAUACAACAUCAAAGUUUAAUUGCGAAGCUGGCGAAUUUUAAAACAUCCAUAGCUGACAAAUUGAAGACGGACAUGGAUCUUAAUACACUCAUUGCUGAAUUGCAAUCUGAUCUCACAACAUCUCGCAAUGAACGCGAAAACACCGCACAGCAGUUGCAAACUUUAGAAACACAAUUAUAUGAAAUCCAACUUCAGACUUCACACGAAAUUUCAGAAAAAGAAAAAACAGUCCGAGAUCUACAAAUUAAUUUAGACCGUUCCGAAAGGGAAAGAUUGGAUGAAGAGGUGACAAUAAUGGAAUUGAAAAGUGCCAAGGAUGAAUUGCUUUCUCGUAUAAAACAUUUUGAAAGGGAAAUGGAAACAUUGAAACAUGAGAAAGAGACUUUAAAGGCGGAAAAGGAUACCAAGCAAUCUGAAAUUCGGGAGGCAGUUGAAGGAAUACAACGACGCCUCGCAACAGCCAUCAAGGAACUAGCCGAAUUUAAAGAUCGUGCAAUACUAGCAGAGAACCAGUUGACACAAAUUAAAGAAGAGGUUGGCCGUACAACGCAGUACGAAAAAGAGAUCAAAGAAAAAAAUAUAUUGAUUGGAAAAUUGCGGCAUGAAGCUGUAAUAUUGAACGAGCAUCUCACCGAAGCCCUUCGUCGUAUGAGGGAGGAAAGCAGCGAAAAUAACGUAGACAAACGUCUUAUCACCAAUUUGUUGAUAGCCUUUUUCAACACUCCGCGUGGAGAUAGUAAGCGCUUCGAAAUAUUACAAUUAAUGGCUAGCAUGUUGCAAUGGAAUGAGGAACAGAAAGAGCAAGUUGGAUUAAUAAGGAAGGCAUCUAGAACUUUGGAUAACGGUUGGACAUCUGGGUUAUGGACGCCGACAAUAGAGAGACCACGGAAUAGAUUAUCCGAAGACGUUCCUAGACCAACUGUCAGAAUAAGUGAUGAGGAUGAUGAUCAUAAAGAGUCAUUUUCAGAUAUGUGGAUAUCAUUUUUACUUAAAGAGGCUAAUAAAGAUGAACAAAAAGUUGAUAAUAGUUCGACAUCCACCCAAAGCGAAUAA